AUGGAAAAUUCAAAUAUUUUUAUAAAUGUUAAAAAUAGAAAUCAACCAUUUAAAAUGAAUUAUAAAGUUUUUGGAGAUGGUGAAGAGAAAUGUUUAUUUAUAAUGGGAUUAUUAUUAGGUGGUAAAUAUUGGUUAUCAACAAUAAAAUAUUUUUUAGAAAAUAAUCCAAAUAAAUAUUCAAUUUGUAUUUAUGAUCAUGUUGGUGUUGGUGAAUCUGAAUUUAAUGGUGUAAGUAGUAUAAAUGAUUUUGCAUCAGAUGCCAAUGAAUUAAUUGAGCAUUUAAAAUGGGAAAAAGUUAAUAUAGUUGGUGUAUCCAUGGGAUCAAGUAUCGCAUAUGAGCUAUCCCUAAUGGCACCAUCAAUUAUAAAAACCCUCAAUUUAGUAUCAUUCCCACCCAAUAUAAACUACGGAUUCCUAUUUCAAAAAGGUGCUCAACAAUUAUACCUCAUAGACUACAUUGCAAAAAAGAAUAAAGUCGACCCAUCAAAUUAUUUAAUUGAUUUAUUAUAUUCCCAAUCAUUUUUAAAUUCACCAUCUAGAAUUAAACAGUAUGGAAAUAACAGGGAAUUCAUACUACCAUUACUCUCGAAAAUGUAUAAUGAGAGAAAAACAAUCUCCCCCUCAAUAAUAAUUUCAACAAUGUUUGCAAUGAUAAAAUAUAAAAUUAAACCUUAUAAUAAAAUUAAAGAAAAAGUUUUAAAUAGACCAUUUCCAAUUGUAAUGUUUUUCGGUACACAUGAUAAAUUCAUUGAUUGUAAAAGAGUUAUUAAAACCUAUGAUAUUAUUCAACCAAAUUUAAUUUAUAUUUGUGAAAAUUCAGGUCACUCUUUACAAUUGGAAGAUGUUUUACAAUUUAAUAAAGUUACUCAAAAUUUUUUUAAUUAUAAUUUAAAAUCAAAUAAUAGUAGACCAGAAUUUUUAAAUCAAAAAAUUUUAAAAAAAAAUGAAUUAACAAAUAAUGAUGAAUAUACAAAAAGAGUUUUUAAAGAAUCAAUUAAAGAUAUAAAUUUUAAUAAUAAUAAUAAUAAUAAUUUUAAUAAUAAUAAUAUUAAUAAUAAUAAUUUUUUAAAUAAUUUAAAUAUUAUUAAAAAUAAAAAUUUAAAUAAUAUUUUAUUUCAAAGAUUUUCAACAUUUUCAAAUAAUUUAAAUAAUUUUAACAAAAAUUUAAAUUUAACAAUUUUAAAAUCAAUUUCAAAUAAUUUAAUUUUAAAUUUAAAAAAAUUUAAAUAA